AGUUCAUCUAUCUCAGUGUAGCCGCAUAAUUGACAGUUCGAUUUUGUAUCAUUUUAUUUAUUUUUGGCAUCGUACACAGUGUGAACAUAUAAUACUAUUUUUUCGUUCGUAAUUUGAAGCUAUACGACAUAUUCGACUUUUCACACGAUACAAAUUCGAUACACAAAUAUGAAACUCAACUCACUGGACGAUUCAGGUUCUGGAUCAGAAUCUGAAUCUCGAAGCGUUACACCAAUUCAUUCUGGGGAUGAUGCAGCCGAUGGUGGAAAUCGUUCUCCAUCGGCCACAUCAUCUCGUAGUCCAAGUAGGUCGCGAAGUGGCUCUCGCAGCCGAUCACCUUCAAAAAGUCGAUCACCUUCUAAAAGUCGAUCACCUUCCAAAAGUCGAUCACCUUCAAAAAGUCGAACACCUUCAAAAAGUCGAACACCAACACCAGACGGUUCACACAAAUCACGAAGCCGCAGUCGAAGUGGGUCAAAUCGAAGCCACAGCGGCUCACGUCACAGCGGCUCACAUCACAGCAAAAGUAGAAGUCGUAGCCGAAGUGUUUCGGAACAUUCAAAUCGUUCAGCUUCACAAAAGUCUGGCAGUCGCAGUCGCAGUGCAUCGGCCGAAUCAGACGUGGGCGGUGAAAAGCGAAAACGUCAAAUAUUAAGCGAUUCGGGCAGUGAGACUGAAAAAAAAGUUCCCAAGAAGAAGAAAUCGGCUUUGAUUGAUUCGGACAGCGAGCCAGAAGAACAACCAAUGGCCGAACAAAAUGAGGAUUUUGACGCAGCUGAAAUAUUUGGUGAUGCCGACGACAUAAGUACCGAUGGUGAAGAGGCAAGAAUAAGAGGUGAAAUGUCUGGUGAUGAUGAUGUUCGACGUGGAAGUGACCAUGAAGAUGAUGUAAAACGCGGUAGGGAUUCCGACAGGAGAAGUUCGGUUAGUGGCGACGAACGACGAAGUGAUGAUGAAAAUCAAAAUGAAAAAGAGCCGGAACCCGAGCCCAUACCAGAACGUCGUAUCGAUGUUGAAAUUCCGCGAAUUGUGUCCGAUUUGGGCAAAGAUGUUCAUUUCGUCAAAUUACCAAAUUUCUUGUCCGUUGAAACGCGUCCAUUCGACCCGAUAACAUAUGAAGAUGAAAUUGACGAAGAGGAAGCGACGGACGAAGAAGGUCGACAAAGAAUCAAAUUGAAAGUGAGUAACACAAUACGAUGGCGCGAAUAUUUGGAUGAUUUUGGAAACCCAAUCAAAGAAUCAAAUGCACGUAUGGUAAAAUGGUCAGAUGGUUCGAUGAGCUUACAUUUGGGCAAUGAAAUUUUCGAUGUGUAUAAACAACCAGUACAAGGUGAUCACAAUCAUUUGUUCAUUCGACAAGGUACUGGUUUACAGGGUCAAGCUGUAUUCCGAACAAAACUCACAUUCCGACCGUACUCAACCGAAUCGUUUACACACAAAAAGAUGACAAUGUCAUUGGCGGAUCGAUCGCAAAAAACGUCUGGCAUCAAAAUUCUUACACAAGUUGGCUUCGAUCCAGAUGCAGAUCGGUAUGCUAAAUUAAAGAAAGAAGAAGAACAAUUGCGUGCGGCGAUGAGACAAAAAACCACACAAACCAAACAGAAGCGACGCGAAACAGCUGCCAAUAUCAAUAAUUAUCGCGAAGAACACGAUUCGGAUGAUGAAGGGGCCAUUUCAAUUGCUGCUAUUAAGAACAAAUACACUGGCGGUAAAGGUGGUCCAAGCGGUGCGAAACAAGGAACCGGUAUUUACUCAUCGGACGAAGAAGACUCAGAUAUCGAUACGCGACGCAAAAAGAAAUCGGAUAAAUCCAAAGCAUUGCGACAACUUGCCGACUCGGAUGAAGAAAGCGGUUCGAAUCACGAUGAAGUUGGCAGCGGCAAUGAAUCAAAUACAGGCAGUGGCACCGCAACUGGUUCCGGAUCUGCUUCCGAAAAUUCUGAUUAGGAUUGAAUUUCACUCAAUUGUAUUAUUUAAGGUUAUUAGAUACCAUUUUUUGACAUGCUCUCAAUAAAGUUUAAAAAAAAAAUAAACCCACA